AUGACGGCAACUCUUCGUCCUCCCCCUCGGAUACUCCUUUUGACGCUAGAUGCGUUCAAUACGAUAUUUCAUCCUAGGCAACACGUCGCGCUGCAGUACACUGAAAUUGCAAAGGCUUCAGGUUUCAUAUCCCAAAAUGUCACCCCCGAAUCAGUACAGGCGGCAUUCAAGGUUGCAUAUAAACGGGAGACUGCUUCAAGGCCCAAUUAUGGGAGAAACACACCAGGAUUUGGUGGUCCUAGAGAAUGGUGGGCAAAUGUCAUAAGAGGUUGUUUUGCACGAGUUCACACAGGCAAAAACGAAUUAGAGGGCGUUUCGGAAACAAGAGCCAUACAAGAAGUCCCGGACUCAUUGGUAGCUCAUCUCCUUCGAAGAUUUGAGAGCAAGGAAGGAUAUACAUUAUUUGAAGAUGUGGAAAGUUUCUUUGGCCGUCUAAAUUCCUGGAAGAAGGAGCUGCAGGAAAGGAAGAAAGCCGGCUGCCUUAGGGAGGGCGACGUACAGAAUGUCAUUGUUGGUGUGGUCUCCAACUCCGACGACAGAGUAUCCCCGAUCCUGAAUUCGCUGGGGUUGUCGGUUGGAAAUGCAUGGGCGGACAGCGGAGAGUUGCUACCUCGUGCAUCAUCAUCCAUUCCUACGGGUGAAGCUCAGUUGAACGAUGUUGACUUUAUAGUGACGAGUUAUGAGGCAGGAGAGGAAAAGCCACAUCGUCAUAUUUUUGACGUUGCGAAAACCAGAGCUAAAGAGCAUUUGUUGGUAACAGACCCUUCGUCUGAGGUAGACGGUCGCUGGAGACGUAUUCAUAUAGGAGACGACCAUGGUGAUGAUUACCAAGGAGCCAUUAAUGCUGGAUGGGAAAGCUUCUUGUUACUCCGGGAUGGAAUGGACUAUCUUCCCGGUACGGACCAUCGGGCCAUUGGGAGUGAUGUGAAGACUCUCCAUUCUUUGACUGAUUUAUAUACUCAAUUGAACCAAAGAUGA